UCUUACCUUUGGAGACAUUUCAAAGAGCACGGCUUUGAAGAUUCGCUUCAAAGGCCCCUGGGCGUAGUCUCUUCGUUUUGGUUUGAAGGAGCCGGCAAUUUCCGAAUUAUUUUGAGAAGUUCAUUUUAUUUUAUCUCCAUCGCAUAUUUAUAUCCUGAAGGAACAGAUAGCAGCUAAUCAUGAGUGGGCUGGUUUGGAGCAUCAAAAAUGGAGACAUUGAACAAGUGAAGGAGGCUGUUGAAACCAAGAAAGUGGACCUGAAUGCGCCAAUAGAUGGUCGCAGCCCGAUCCACUAUGCCGCCGACUAUGGUCAGCUCGAGGUGCUGAAAUAUCUCCUCAGCAAAGGUGCAGACCUCAAUGUGCUGGACAAGCACGGCAUAUCGGCGAUACUAGCAGCUAUCUGGGAGGGCCACACCGACUGUGUGAAACUGAUGCUGGAAAAGGGUGCGUCCAAGUCGGGUAAGACGCCGGACGGCACGAGCUAUAUCGACGCUGCCGAGAAGGCAGACAUCAAGGCGCUGCUGCGGUAGGUGGGCGCCUCCACCGCCUGUUUGUGCUCUGUGAUUGGUGCCCUGGUGCCCCGUGUGAUCGCUGACGAUCCUAAGAGAACUGGAUGGCUUGCAGAGGGAUGUGAAGAGAGCCAGAUGAAACAUAGAGCUAUUCUUUGUAAUAACACUUUUUGGUACUCGUGCUAUUCACUACUUGAUUGUUUAUUUUAAGGCCGUGUGAGCGUCAAUCGUCCUCUUCCAUGAUUGUGUUUGUGUUUUCUCGUCCGGGGGGACUCUGUGGGAGGGGGUGGAGGUGGCCUGGCCGGACGUCCUGGGCGGCUGGGACCGGGCCUGGCCUCCAUCCGGCCUCCCAUCAGAUAGGGAGUGUUUGCACGCGUCCUGUGCGUCGGACGGAGGGCAGUGCGCCGCGUGUCACGCGCCGCGGAAUGCCACUCCGUCGCCCCGGGCGUGUGUGGGUGGGGAGUGGGGGAAGCUGAGAUAGGUACGUUACGGUCGGAUCCGGUGCAGUCGACCGCGGCGCUGACGGCUAUGUCGUCACGCACGGCUAUUGCCGGCAAGGAGGUGCGGAAAUACAUUGACUAGGUACUCGUG